AUGGUCGACAAACCUAUCUUCGAGGGCAAACCCGUGAAAAUGUCAGAAAAAAGCGCGGCCGCAGGGUCUUCCGCUCCUCUGACGCCCCGUCUAGAGUUAACGGAAGAGGAGAAAGAGAUCCUUAAGCGCCAAAUCUACACCCCGGAGUCGCAGAUGAGUCGCUUGGCGCUUUUAUAUACAUGCGCAACACCCUACGAUUUGCUUCUCCUGGUCAUCAGCUCAAUUGCAGCUAUUGUUGGCGGAGCCCUUCAACCUGUGUCUUUUCUCCUUUUAGGAGGCUUGGCUCAAGCAUUCAAAGAAUUCUUCAUCGGAACGUCCUCGGGAUCGCAUCUUUCAUCCCUGGUCGCAAGAUUCGCCCUGUAUUAUGUGUACAUCGCCAUUGGACAAUUUAUUUCGGUCUACAUCUCGACAGCCGGAUUCAUGGUUGCAGGAGAAAAGAUCACCCAACGACUCCGAGAGAAAUACCUCGCCGCUAUUCUUCGCCAAAACAUCGCAUUCUUUGAUAUCCUGGGGGCUGGAGAGAUCACCACCAGAAUCACCGCGGACAUGAAUCUGAUCCAAGAUUCUUUAACCGGCAAACUUUCUCUGACGCUGUACUCCUGUUCUAACUUCGGGGCGGCGCUUAUCAUCAGUUUCGUGAAAAGCUGGCGUAUGGCGCUCAUUCUGAUUUCAGCGUAUAUUGCAGAAACUGGAUCUAUGAGUUUAUUCUCAUUAUUUAUGGUUAAGUACACCCAUAAGUCGCUGGCGGCAUAUGCAGACGGAUCGAGUGCUGCCGAGGAGGCGAUCAGUUCAAUCGGGCACGUUACUGCGUUUGGGAUCCAAGAUAGGCUGGCCGAUCGGUACCAGAAGUUUCUUACCGAGGCCGAGGGAUAUGGUCUUAGAAGCCGCAUUGCUCUUGCGGCCAUGAUGGCCGUCAUGAAUUGUGUCAUCUUCUGGACCUACGGACUGACCUUUUGGCAAGGGUCUCGUUUUCUGGUUGUUGGAGACGUGGAACUCGGGGAGCUGAUCACCAUCCUCCUUGCUACUUUGACUGGAGCGUUCACAUUUGGUAACAUAGCACCCAAUUUCCAAGCAUUUUCAACAGGUAUAGCAGCCACAGGAAAGAUUCUUGCAACCGUGUCUAGGGUGUCACCCCUGGAUCCAUCCUCCCCCACAGGAAGCAGACUGAAAGCUGUGUCCGGGACAAUUGAGCUCAAGAAUAUUCGCUAUGUUUACCCUUCAAGACCAGAUGUCCUGACUUUGGAUGACAUCAAUCUUAGAUUUAUAGCUGGCACGACGACCGCCAUUGUUGGUGCUUCUGGUUGUGGGAAAAGUACAUUGGCAGGUUUGAUUGAAAGAUUCUAUGAACCACUCAACGGGGAAAUAUUACUUGAUGGUCACGACAUCGCGUCUUUUAACCUGCAAUGGUACCGCCAACAAAUAGCGAUAGUAACACAGCAGCCCACACUCUUCGCCACAACUGUAUUCGAAAAUAUCAGAUUUGGUCUGAUCGGCACACAGCACGAGAACUCCCCUCCCAGUGUGGUAGAAAGUCUUGUAUUCGAUGCCACGAAGAAAGCGAACUGCUUUGAGUUUGUUUCUGCCUUGCCGAAGGGAUUCUACACGGAUGUUGGAGAAAGGGGCUCCUUGCUUUCUGGUGGACAAAAGCAGCGAAUUGCCAUCGCACGAGCUAUUAUUCGCAAUCCGAAGGUCUUGCUACUGGAUGAGGCUACUUCAGCUCUCGAUGCCCAGGCUGAGCGGCUGGUACAGGCGGCACUUGAUGUUGCUGGGAAAGGUAGGACAACAAUCACAAUCAGUCACCGGCUAUCUACGAUCACGGCGGCAGACAACAUUGUUGUGAUGUCUCACGGGCGCGUUGUUGAGCAAGGAACCCACAACGAGCUACUUGAGAGGCGAUCAGUGUAUUACGAAUUGGUAGAUAAGCAGCGCAUGUCGACGGAAAGGGAUAUCGGCCCCGGUGAAGAAAAGUCUACGUUCGACGCAGAUACGGAAUUUCCUGAUUCGAAACAUGAGGGCAAUGAGUCCAACAUUCAUGCGUACCAGAUGAAGCAGGACCUCGUCACUGAAGGCCGGGAGGCAAAUUUCGAUGGGAAGGCUCACGACCACAGAUACUCCUUAUGGGAGUUAAUGAAGUUCGUCGCCAACUUCAACAAACAAGAAACAUUCACAAUGCUUUGGGGUCUGUUAUUUUCGGUUAUCACAGGCGCAGGAAAUCCCACUCAGGCUGUGUUCUACGGCAAGACCAUCUCGGCAUUAUCGCAACCUCCCAAUAUGUAUGAUAAACUCCGCCAUGAUGUCAAUUUCUGGAGUCUGAUGUAUCUGAUGCUGGGAGGUACUGCAUUUCUGGGUUGGGGAGCAUCUGGUCUCUGUUUCGCCUACUGCUCUGAGCGUCUGAUUCACCGUGCCAGAGAUUCCUCCUUCCGCGCAAUGCUCCAUCAGGAUAUUUUCAUGUUCGACAAAUCUGGACUCUCGGCCGGCUCGCUUACAGCGGCAUUAUCCACGGAUGCUACCAACCUUGCGGGGAUGAGUGGUGUCACGCUGGGCUCCAUCUUCAUUGUUUUAACGACGUUGGCUGCUGGCGUGGCUGUAUCGAUUGCGAUAGGUUGGAAGUUGGGACUCGUCUGUACCGCAACCAUUCCAAUUGUCCUUACUUGUGGUCUCGUCAGACUGAAGAUCCUUGGAGAAAUUGCGCAACAGUCAAAGGCGGCGUAUGCAGCCUCAGCAACGUAUGCUUGCGAGGCAAGCUCUGCUAUCAAGACGGUUGCAUCGCUAAAUCUCGAAAGUCAUGUGCAGAAAGAGUACCACAAUAUACUGGAAACGCAGCGAAAAAAGUCAGUCGUUUCAACGCUGAAGUCAUCCACUUUUUAUGCUGCUUCUCAGUCGGCCAACUUCCUCUGCAUUGCGCUUGCCUUCUGGUAUGGAGGAAGUUUAAUAAUUUACGAAGGCUAUUCGAUGGUUCAGUUCUUCAUUGCUUACGCUGCGGUCAUCGCUGGCGCAUUCAGCGCCGGGGCGAUUUUCUCCUUCGCGCCAGAUAUGAGCAAAUCCCGCCAAGCAGCCCAAGAUAUCAAAACGCUGCUGAGCCGACCUGUCACCAUUGACGCCCGCCAAGAAACUGGCGAGCAGUUACCGAAAAUGGAUGGCAGCUUGGAGAUGCGCAAUAUCUAUUUCCGAUACCCUAGCCGACCGGAGAGAAUGGUACUGAACGGCCUCAGCUUGAGUGUGCAAACGGGACAAUACAUAGGUCUUGUAGGAGCGAGUGGAUGUGGGAAGAGCACCGUCAUUUCUUUGCUGGAGCGGUUUUUUGAUCCCGAAGCCGGACAGGUCUUGGUUGAUGGGAAAGACAUUUCCAAGUUGAAUGUCAAGAGCUACAGGAGCCAUCUUGCUCUGGUCAGCCAAGAGCCAACACUCUAUCAAGGAACCAUCAGGGAGAAUAUUAUCCUGGGAACCAAUGACGAGGAUGUUUCUGAGGAGAGAGUCAUCCAAGCAUGCAAGGAUGCCAACAUCUACGACUUCGUAAUCUCCCUGCCUGAUGGUUUCUCGACAGUUAUAGGAGCGAGGGGCGGCAUGCUUUCUGGAGGGCAGCAACAACGGAUAGCCAUUGCGCGAGCGCUUCUUCGCAAUCCACGCAUCCUCCUCCUAGACGAGGCAACUUCCGCGCUCGAUUCGGAGUCGGAGAAGGUCGUCCAGGAUGCACUGAAUGCGGCGGCACAAGGCCGAACAACGGUCGCUGUUGCGCAUCGGAUAAGCACGGUGCAGAAGGCCGAUUGUAUCUAUGUGUUGCACGAAGGCAAUGUUGUGGAACGGGGGACGCAUCAAGACUUGAUGGAGCUGGGUGGAAGAUACUUUGAGUUGGUUAAGCUACAGGGCUUGGACAAGGUUUGA